UAUAUCUUGUCACUGGAACGAGUAAGUUUGUCAGGCAGAGCAGGUUUCGUACGUAUGGAGAAGUAAAUAUAAUGUUUUGCAAGUUUAUUUUACUUGGGCUCCUGGAUAGACGUGUUCUGUGAUCAUGAACUUGUUUUUAGUAAUUUCCGUUGUGCUAAUUCUAAGUGAUCUAGGCUAUACAGAAAAUUGUGAAUUAACUGAUUUACCCCCAAAAUCAAACAGUGCAUGCUGUGGUCACGCCGUGGGUGGAGACAAGUCAAGUGGUUCCAUUGCUCGCAUCGGAGAAUAUCCGUGGAUGGGUAGCGUGGAAUAUCGAAAGGAAGAUGAUACCAUAAAAUUGCUCUGUGGCGCAGUCCUCAUCAGCGGAAAAUACGUUCUGUCUGCUGCUAAUUGCUUCUCAGAAUUUGCUUUCAAGAUCGGCACACCAGUAAAUAUACGUUUAGGAGAAUACGAUGUCAACAACGAUGGGCCAGACUGUGUAGAGACGGCUGCUGGUGGGAAAUAUUGUACUGAUGGAGCUAUUUCCAUAUCUAUCGAGAGAUUUACAGUGCAUCCCGACUAUAACAAAAACAACAAUCGUCAGAAUGACAUAGUCUUAAUAAGGCUUGCUAAAAUGGCUCCGUAUACAGAUUUUAUCCGUCCAAUCUGCAUGCCAUCAUUGGACAUCACACAGAAAGCACCAAAGAAGCUAUACAUGACUGUAGCUGGCUGGGGCGCGGUAAACGCGACAGUGUCUAGAAGCAACGUAUUGCGGCGAGUCCAUGUACCCUAUGUAGAUUUUUAUCUUUGCAGACAUAUGUACAACAAAACGCAAUACAGACAUCUGCAGUUGUCCGAUGGGCAACUUUGCGCCGGCGGCAAGAAUAGAGACUCCUGCCGAGGCGACUCAGGAGGCCCUCUUAUGUUACUGAAGGGACAGACGACGGAGCUGGCCGGCAUAGUUAGCUUCGGUCCAACUCCAUGCGGACGACCAGAUAUUCCUGGAGUGUACACUAAAGUAUUCGCAUACAACGAUUGGAUAAAAAAUACAAUUGAAAACGAUGAACGGGUAUCAACGAAGCCAACAGAACCGCCAGUAACUACAAAAACUUCCACAGAAAAAGAACUUUUCUCUGACUUAAUUGUUUUCAGAGAGUAAAACUGUAAGGUUCUUGUGCACUUAUAGUUAUAACUUAAUAGUAUACGUGUUAUGGAAUAAUAUACAUUGGACCUACUGUCUAGCAAUAAGGUAUAUAAUUAGUGCAUAAGGUCAGUUCGACGAAUACACUAAGGUUCGAUUACAUCAAACACAAUUGACGGGCUGUAGAAGUAAAAAUUAAUUAUUGUAACAAUAAAAAUUUUGCGAACCUAAAUACGAUCGCCGACGGUUCAUGCCCCACUACGCAUAACAAAACAAUCAUAAGUGAUAUUUGAAGAAUCAACAAUUGUUUAUCGUAUUAUUUCGUAAGUUUAAAGUAAGGUUUUCCAAUUUCUUUAACUAUAAAAAUAAAAGUAGUGGAAAAGAAUAGAGGUAUAAAUAGAGGGGAAACCGAACCUAUUGAAAAAUUUAAGUUCUCGUCUUUGUAAGAAUAAUAAAGAUUGCGGAUCAAACAAGGUGUCAAUUCUGUAACAGCUUAACAAAGUGUGAUGGUUCUAUGUGUAGAGCAAUUAAGACGAUGAAAGAUAUACUUUUGAAUACAAAUUUUAGAGAUUCAGGUAUAUUUGGAAAAGUUAUCCAGAAUAUCAGAUACUUUUGCCGCGUUGUUUCAUCCGCUACUAUUGAUGCUGACUGUACAGUCAAAUUUCAGUACCAUUUAGUACCUUUUCACGGUGUCAAUCAAUAUGAAAGUUGCUAGGGAACUCAUCCUAUUGUCAUUGUGACAAUCUUUAUAAUUUAUAAUUGAUGAUCGUUCGUCGCACGUUUGUUGAUUUGAAGUUAAAAGACGCAUUCUAGUUGCAACGCUAUUGCAGCUUUGACCGGGGCGGUGUCAAUCUCCUUGCUUACAUGGGUGACGGAUGGAAACUUGUAACUGCUGUAGUAAUGAGGCAACGACAUUAACGCAAUUUAUCAAGGAACAUCACUGAUGUUAGUGACAUCUCACGCCUCAAUUUUUUUUCCUAAUAAUAAUAAAAAAACGCUACAACAGUAAAGUUGCAACAGUAAUGCUACUGCAGUCGUCUUUCGAAUGUCAGAGUUUUCUACGCCUUUACUAAAUGUAAUCAUUUAAACGUAUUACCUAUUCCAUUAAUCAAUGUAUUGCUUUAUUCCACUAAUGUAAAAUCAAAUGGAUUCCGCUCAAUACUUUCCUUUGUAAUUGAUAAUAAAUUAUACUGAAACACGCAUAAAUCCAACGCAUAAUAAUAAAAUGACUUGUCUGUUUCUCAAUUUACGUAAUGGACUUUAUAUUGUUUAGCGCAGUACAAUAUCAUUGUAUUACAUUUUAAUAUUAUUUUAACCAUAAUGUGCCUAAGCAAAAGGUUACAGAUUGAUAAAAUUGUUAAAAAGCAGGGUCUUUGUUUGCUCCCAAACUGUUAGGGGUAACACAUUACUAAAAGUGUCACUGCCGGUCUGUUGAGAGCUGGCUGAACGCAUGUAUACUACUAAUAAUACUUUCAUUAUUCUUAUACAAUAAAAAAAAACAUACCUUGUUAUAUGUAUCCUUAGAUAUUUAAUGGGUACUUAUGGCCCAGGCAAAUUAAGCCAAAAAAAGGGGUCAACCUCGGAAUGAGAGAUAAUAAGCUGGAAACUUACGCUGCGUGUUCUGUGCACUAGAUAUAUCUUGAUAACAGCUGAUCGCAUAAAAAAAUGAUUCAAACAUAACUAGUCAGACAUUUUAUGCUCUACAAUUCUUGCAUAGCUGUAAACAACAUUGGAGCUAUAGAAAGCUUGAUAUCCGCGAAAAACCGAUUUUUAUGAUAUUUGACCUUGAAUAACUUCCGACGCGCACAUGAGAUUAUCUGUGACUUUUAACUUGACUUGAAUGCAAUAUUGAAGAUUUACUUAUACUAGUUUUUAGCCUAUUUUCUUUUAUUCCGAGGUAAAACCCUUAAUUUGCCCGGGCCAGUAGUACUCGUAUUAAGUAAAAAUUGGCAAAGUUAUCAAUGUAAUCAUGCGUUAUUUUUCUUUUUAUGUAAGUAGGUAUAGUAUGUAGCUCGUGUACUUAAAUAA